AUGGGCAACUCCAGUGGGAAGCCCGUCCUUCUCACUGACGAGGUCAAUCUCAAUCACUUCCGCCUGCUGCGCGUGGUUGGCAAAGGCGCAUUCGGCAAGGUGCGAAUUGUGGAGAGGAAGGACACGGGUCUGACCUUUGCUCUGAAAUACAUCCGCAAGGAUGAGAUUGUCCGAUCGGAGAGCGUGCGGAACAUCAUCCGUGAGAGACGCAUGCUGGAACAUCUCAACCAUCCCUUUGUGUGUAACUUGCGCUACAGCUUUCAGGAUGUGGAGUACUUAUACCUGGUAGUCGACCUAAUGACUGGCGGAGACCUGCGGUUCCACAUCUCGCGCAAGACCUUCACCGAAGAAGCCGUGCGGUUCUGGAUCGCAGAGCUCGCAUGUGCAUUACGCUACGUCCACCAACAAGGCAUCAUCCACCGCGAUGUCAAACCCGACAAUGUCCUGUUGGACGCCGAAGGCCAUGUCCACCUUACAGACUUCAACGUGGCAUCCGAGUUCAAACGCGACCGGCCACUGACGAGCAAAUCGGGAACGCUGGUCUACCUGGCACCAGAGGUGUACCGGGGCAAGGGAUAUCUAUCCGAGGUCGAUUGGUGGUCUUUGGGGGUAACCUUCUACGAAUGCAUCUACAACAAACGACCUUUCGAAGCCAAAGACCCGGAUGUCCUGGCUCAGAGCAUCGUCAAGGCCGACCCGAAAUACCCCACCACAUCCCCGCCCAUCCGCAAUGUAUGCCUGCAUGCAAUCAGCUCGCUGCUGGAGAAGGACAGGACGCUUCGCAUAGGAGCCGCCGGGUUCCAGACCUUCACGGAUAAUCCCUUCUUCCGCGAAAUCGACUUCGAUGCGUUGGAGAGGAAGGAGAUUGAGCCCAUCUUCUGUCCGUCAAGUGAGAAGACAAACUUUGAUGCAACAUACGAUCUGGAGGAGUUGCUGCUGGAAGAGGCGCCACUGGAGGCACGGUCGCGCAAACAAAAGCCGCGCGCCGAGCUGCGCGGAGAUGCGACACAGCAAGAGAUCAGGGCGGACGAGCUGCACAGAAUGAUAGAAACCUUGUUUGAGCCGUUCAACUACACCCUCCUGCCCGAGGCGCGCGCUCCAAUCGAGCAAUCAGCCGCUCCCCGCCCAUCUACGGCCCAAAACCGCGGCGAGGACCUCCAGCGGCCCCUCCCUCCACAACCUCCGGCGAAGAUGCGUUCGGCCCCUUCACCUAGAGCCGAGGGGGCCGGAGGCGCAACACGCAUGCCGACCAACUCGCCGGAUGGCUCGCCACCACUGCCGACAGCCAUACUGUCCGGCACCGAGUACUUCCCCCCUGCAGCCGGCUCCUCCUCUGCAAACCUCGCCCCGAUGCCCAAACCCCGCACGAUUAAAUACAACGAUGUGCAAGCAAGCGCAGGCCCGACAUCAGCACCGUAUAGCUCCUAUCAACGCCCAUCGGGCCCCACGCGAUCAACAUCGAGAGAGAGCACGGAGGGAAGCAUGGGGAAACCGGCGGACUCCCCCACAGAUGAGCAGUUCAAGCGGGGUGAGAAGCCGUCGGGCAUGCUUGCAUUCUUGGGAAGGAAGAAAGGUCGGGACAAGAGUCCAAAGGCGAGGGAGAGGGGGGUGUUGGGCAAAGAAGGAGCAAGAGUUGUGGUCAAAGACGGUUGA